GUUAGAUUUUGGCAUUUUUUGUAGUUUUUAAUAAUAAUAUGGAGACAAAUUGUUGUCCGUAAAGGAUGAGUUAUGGUUGCAGUUCAUAGAUCAGUCCUGUGAGCAUGCUUCUGGCACCCGCGCAAAAGUGGAAACUGACAGCACAACUGAGGAAACUGAUGACGUACUUGUCAACGCAAUUUCAGAAAAACGAAUAAGUGGAAAUACAAACAUAUAAAGUGACAUGCGGGGAUCAUCCCCAGACUCUAGAGCACAAACAUAAAUCAGUCCCACUCUUUAACUGUGGAUACGGACAGCGUGCUGUCCGGGGACCCAGCCUGAAAUACGUAAGAGGACAGACAGACAGACAGUCUGAUGCCAACUGUCUCCACUGUCAAUUUCACGGCACCACUCCUCCUCCUGUUGCUAUGGGCUACCCAACCUACCAUGGCAACCAACUGGCUCUCCCUAGCGAGGCUGCCUCGCUCCAGGCCUGUGUCUGGUGCUGCCCCCUGUGCACGGCUGAGGGGGCUCACCCCAGGGCAGGUGGGGGUGUGCAGAGCGCGGGGGGAGGUCAUGGAGUCUGUACGCAAGGCCACCGAGAUGGUCAUAGAAGAGUGCCAGCACCAGUUCAGGAAUCGCCGCUGGAAUUGUUCCACCACCCCGCGUGGGAUCAACAUAUUUGGCAGAGUCAUGAACCAAGGCACUCGUGAGGCGGCUUUUGUGCAUGCGUUGUCCUCAGCAGCUGUGGCAGUAGCUGUUACCCGAGCCUGCAGCCGUGGGGAGCUAGAGAGGUGUGGCUGUGACAGAAAGGUCAAAGGGGUCAGCCCCGAGGGAUUCCAGUGGUCAGGUUGCAGCGACAACCUGUCCUACGGUGUGUCUUUCUCCCAAACAUUUGUGGAUGAACCGGAACGAGCUAAGGGGCUCUCAGCAGGACGACCACUUAUGAACCUCCACAACAAUGAGGCCGGUCGGAAGGCCAUCCUUCACAACAUGCAGGUGGAGUGCAAGUGUCAUGGCGUCUCUGGCUCCUGUGAGCUCAGAACCUGCUGGAAGGUCAUGCCUCCUUUCAGGCGUGUCGGCAAUGUGCUCAAGGAACGCUUCGACGGCGCCACAGAAGUCCGGAUGACACGUGUAGGAUCCAGGACAGCCCUCCUUCCACGUGAUGUUCAGGUCAAACCCCCUGCUGCUAGAGACCUUGUCUACCUUGCACCCUCUCCGGAUUUCUGUCAUCUGGACCCUGACAAUGGCAUCCCUGGAACAGCUGGUAGGAGAUGCAAUGGAACCUCUCGACUGGCACCUGAUGGCUGUGAGCUCGUUUGUUGUGGGCCUGGUUACCGAGCAGGUCGGGCUGAGGUGGUGCAGCGGUGCUCCUGCAAGUUUUCCUGGUGCUGCUCAGUCCGCUGCCAGCAGUGCAAGAACACAGUCACUAUUCACACAUGCAGAGUCUAAAAAGGUCCAGCUACAACUGAAAGACUGUACUGCCA